AUGUAGUCCUCUGGUGGUGUUUUACGUCGGUUACGUCUUCACCGUCUUGACGGUAUUCACAUACAUCGUUUAUCGUAAGGUAAUCCGAUUCGUGUAUGACCAGUGACGUGCGCGUCUUUGACGAAAGGUAAUCGUAUGUACCUGACGGUGCGGGUGAAAUCGAAUAAACUUUGUGGUUCUCGUAUCAAUUCUACCCCGUCACUGGGUCAUUCACCGUGACAUCUAAAAAAGUACGAAUAUUAUGAGAGUUAGGUUGCCUCCGUACGUCGAUUGUUGCGAACAGUUUUGUGGAAAAAGGAAAUCAUAAUGUCAGUACGACGUAGAACCGAUUCAUCGAUGACUCAGCGAAUAUGGGAUGCAAUAAAGAUAACAAUAAACCAAAGGAGCUUACCCAGCAACGAGCGCAUUGUAAGGCACUUUGCAAGGGUUUACGGUAUAACUGAGCCCGCAGCCCAGGACGAAUUAAAUAAAGCAGUGGCAGAUGGCCUCGUAUUUUUAAAAAAAGUACAGUCAAAGGGUGGUAUCGAGCAAGAGAGUUAUCGACUUCCCCUCGAGGCAUCUGAGGCUGAUGGACACGACUGGUACUGCUACGAUUGUCACAAAGCUGGUCUUGUCGAGGCUUGUAAACAAUGCUUCCGAGUUUAUCAUCACGAUUGUCAUGUACCUAAUGAUCCCGAAACAAAAAUUUGCGCUUUCUGUGAAGAAAUUAAUAGUGAUUCAUACCCAGAUAUUGUCGCACUCAAUCACAUCCUUAGUUUCACCUGUGGACAUUUGAAAGCCAAGUUGCCACAAGAAAUCACUAAUAGAAAAAUUGUGGUGGACAGUUCCACUGGAGAAGUACCUCCGGGGGGGCUUGUUGGGCCCACAUGGGUCAGUGAGGGAGAAGAUGCUUGGAGACCAGCUAUUCUUAUCAAGAAUCAUAUGGAUUUGACUAUCAUGGAAGAGAAAACUAAAAAGAAUGAGUACAAGAAUCUCGCUGAAUUCCAGGCUGAUGCACACAACAUUUUACACAAUAUCAUCAUUUAUCAUGGAAAGAGUAGUACAGUGGGCGAAAUGGGUGUAACAAUGUACCAGGAUUGUUGUUAUGACUUGAAAGAAAUUCGACGCUGUGCUGAUUGUUACCGAAUAUCAAACGAAAAGUCGGAGAAAAUGUGGUUCUGCAUUCCAUGUGAUCCACCACAUCAACUGGUCUAUGCAAAACAAAAGGGGUACCCCUAUUGGCCUGCCAAAGUGAUGGAGAUAAAGCAUGACUUGUACGAUGUCAGGUUUUUCGGUGGACACCAUAUGCGGGCCAACAUUGAGAAAAUCUUCAUAAAACCAAUCACUGCGAGUAUACACAGUCUCCAGCCAUCAGAAAAAGGAAAAUGGAAGGAAAUGAAGAUAAAGCGUUCGAGUGCUUGGAAUAAGGCAUUUGAGGAAUUAAAGCAUCAUCAGACUCUCCUGCAGAAGCUGGGAAAGAAUCGUUAUAUCACCUGUGAACUGGGUGAUACGGACGAUGGGCCAAAGCCACCAAAGAUCAGGAACACCGGAACAAAGGUAGCGUCUAAUGGCGCUUCAUUAAAACAGAUUAUGAAAGACUUGAGAGUGAAAGUUGAAAGGUUGAAUUCCGAUGGAAAUUUCGACUCACAGACGAGUCAAGAGACGAAGGGGAUGAAGAAAAGCAGCAGUAGAUCAACGAGUGAGGACAGACAAGUGCCACUGCUACCAGUUGCUGAGGAUGAGCCACCGAGGGCGAUAUCGAGUACGUGUCCACUUGGAUUGAAGAAGGAAGGGUCACAGGAGGACAUGGUCACAUCGAGUUCCCAAGAGCCGAGGACUAAGUGCGUCCUAGUGCAAACGGAUUCAAACCAGACUGAAGUUAUGCCGGCUAAGAUGAAGAGAGAGCGGAGGACAUCUGAUCAACCUACCACCACAGGACUUGAUAAACUGCGCAGGGAGAUGGAGUUAGAUAAAUGUCGAGAGCUCGAGAGAUUGCAGGCUGAGCACGCUAAAGAGCUCAGACAAAUGACUGACAAACAUCAACAAGUUAUUUCGGAGAUUAAGAAGAAACAAUGGUGUUACAACUGUGAAGCUGAAGCUAUUUACCACUGUUGCUGGAAUACAGCGUACUGCAGCACUGAUUGCCAGCAACUACAUUGGCAAAGGGAGCACAAGAGAGUAUGCAGACGUAAACGCUAGUCAACCGUUCUCUCCGCAUCCACAAGUACAAUAAUCCAAGGACCCACAUCAAUAUCGCUCCGUUGGUGAUACUCUUAUAAUCCUUUAAAGAAAACUUUCAAUAUAAACAAUUGAGGAAUCAAGUGAAUAUAAUUAUAAAGGGCACCUAAUAUAUUACUAUAAAUAUAUUAACAAGUGAAGAAUGACGAAGUAUACUUGCGAUACUGGCAUGAGAAAAAAAUCAUAUGAAAAAUUGAAAGAAUCUCUCGGCAAGUCGAGAUCCAUUUAGCAUUUUUUCGUCAUCAAUAUUGGUUAUAUUAAUGAAAAAUAUAUAUUAUAUAUGAUGAAUCUUGUAAGGAACGUUUUCUAUAACGUUCUCUCAGGUCUAACGAUUGUUAAGUGUAAAAAUAAUGGCCACUUCACGACUAAAUUGAAGUAUCAAUUCAAGGAAAUGUCUGACAUAUCCAUUCUCGCGGCAAUCACUUGAUCUUUCGUAUUUCCUUCUCUUUAAUCAUUUCUUACCCUUCUUGCACUUGAGGUUAAUAGAACUUCCUCGGUCAUUAUUAAAUCGAAUGAGAAUUAUAAGAAUUUUAAUUACGUUGAGACUCCGAUUCGUCAAGUAAUUGUUGAAAUGCCACGAAUCCGUAUACGUUCAAUUAAAAAAUGAGAAACAAUCUAUAAUCUUGGCGAUAAUUAUCAAAAUUCAAUCUAGAAAUUCCGGUAUAUUACGUAAACUAUUAGAUGUCUAACUUUUCAAAGAUGAAUACAAUUAAUCGUAAAAAUAGCAUACCCA